AUUUGCAAAGACUAUGAGGCCACAUACUUUAUUCAUUACCUAAAGCUUCUAAACGUUGAUCCGCAAAAUUCCGCUAAAUCUUUCGCUCAGUUGUGUCUUGUGUAUACUGCUGUGUAGACGUUUCAUAUUGCUGUUUGCUGCAAACGAUGAAGAGCGAGUCCAUCAUCGAGAAAAUAAGAAACAAAUUGAAGGAUGCCAAUCCUGAGCGACGCACCGUUUUAAGUGUAUUUCAAUUCAAUUUCACCGAUGCCGAUGGCAAGCUCAUUAAAAGUGUGGUAUUUGAUUUUAAAGAACUGAAUAUCUAUGAUGGCACAACAGUUGCAGCGGAUGCUGAAAUCACCAUAUCCGAUGAUGACUUCUACUUAGUGGGCACAAAGGAGACAACUUUCGACAAACUCUUGGCUGAGAAUAAAGCGUUGGUAAAGGGCGAUAUGACGGCCAUUGACAAGAUACUGGGAAAGUUUCGUGCGGCCACAGACAAGUGAUUGAGCCGUACACUUGCAACAAGCUGCUGAAAUAUUAUUCCUGCAUUUUAACUAAACACUAAUUUUCGUAAAAUGACGUUUAUAACGGAUUCAUACCUAUAUUCAUUCUUAUACACAUUUCACAUUUGCUUACGUGGUUAUUAAAUAUGCAAAUUGUAUGACUGGUAGUUAGUAAUUAAAGAAAUCAUAAACUAUUUUUUCGAGUUUUUUUCUUGUAUAUGAUUUUUUGGAAAAUUAUUUUUGUUGUGUUUUACAAAUAAGUCGUUACUUUAGGGUUUUAAUAAAUUAAGCGUAGCCGUAACUUAAGAUAUAUUUAUUUAUAUGUUCUCACAAUAGGCGGGUCUAGGUAAUCGGAACAGAACCGAAUUUUCAUCUGGUUAAGCAAGAUAACGCGACAACAAUAAUAACAAAUAAUUUUAACGAAUUUUCUGAUUUUAAAGAAGGUUGGCAGAUGAUUGGUCUUCAUCGUUGCAUUUAGGACGCUUAAAGUUUAUAAAAACUGAAUAUAUGGUACUCAAAAAGAAAACAAAUAAAUAAAUAAGAGCGCAUUUGUAUUUCAAUAAAAUUUUAUUUCAACCGAUUACAAUAAGACUUAAAUUAGAUUGACAUAGCUGCUAAUACAUAACAUGAAUGUUUAGUUGACAACAUUGAGUCCACAUUUGGCUGUUGAAACGAAUGGUUAUGCAUAUAUGCAUAUAUGUAUGUGUGUAUGUAUGUAUGUUUGUAUAUACGCUUACUAACAAAAUGCAAUGGGUUAUAAAAAUGUAUGUGCACAACAAUGCAUAAGCUAACUAAAUAGAAUGCAUACUGCUGUUGGUUAUUACAUACAUACAUAUGUAUUUUCGCGUUAGAUAUAUAGUAUAUUGCAUGUAAAUAUAAUAAUAAUAAUAAUAAUACAAUAAUAGUAAUAAUAAUUUCAAUAAUAAUAAUAGCAUUGUAUACACUUGUUUAUUGUUUGUUUGAAAACUGUAAUGCAUGUGUGUGUACAUAUGUACGCGUAUAAAACAUGGUUGCGACAUUUAACUGUAUAAUUCAUUUAUUUAUUUAACUAAGGCAAAUUUCUGUUUAUAUGUAUGUGUUUAUAUUGUUGUUGUUGUUAAAAUGUGCUUGUAUCUGUCAAUAUAGCGGCAUUUAAAACACAAUAUGUAAAGAGCUAUUUUAUUUAAAUUUUGAAAUUUAUUAUGUGUACUUUUCUACGAUACUCGAACGUCUAACUAAAAUGUUUUUUUUUUUUGUUUUUGUAUUUUUGUGUUGCUAUUGUUGUGUUUAGUGGUUGUAAGCAAGCUUAUUUCAUUUUGUGUAUUUUCAUAUUAUUGUUGUUGUCGUUGUUUGUAUACAUAACAAGUAAAUAAACGUAAUUAAUGCAAAUAACAUAAUAAUUAACAUAUAAUAGCGUACCCUUUCUCUACACAUAUACAGAUGAAUACAAUAAUAAUUAACAAGACACAAAAGGGUUUCUUUUCUCUGUUGUUUUGUUUCAUUUUUUCUUUUAUGCUUUUCAGUUCCCAGCCAACGGUGUUGGGAAUGUUUAUUUUUUGUUGUUUUUUUGCCACCCCUCUGGGUUUUUAUUUAUUUUUAUUGUGUUUUUUUUAAUUUUUUUUAUUUGCUUUGCUUUGAAUUAAACACACUAAAAAUUACGCGUUCUCUUAUACAAUCUAAUCAAUAUUUGUUUAUGUUUUUCAUUUCAUUUUUUUUUUGUUGCUUUGAGUUUAAUAUGUAUGCAUGUAUUUUAAACAGUUUUUUGCUGUGUUUCAAUAUUUUAUUACAAUGCUUUAAAA